AUGAGGGAAGCAGAAGCUGGAAUAGAAAGAAGAUCGGCAGAUGAAUUCGGAUUUGACUAUAAUUCUCUUUGUCCAGGCACAGAUUUCAUGUCUAGACUUCAUGUUCACCUACGUGCGUACAUUGCUGACAGAAUCCGAACUCAACCUAGAUGGGUUGGUAUCAAGGUAAUCUUGUCAGAUGCCAGUGUUCCAGGUGAAGGCGAGCAUAAGAUUAUGGAAAUAAUCCGAAGCCAGAGAGCAACACCUACACAUGACAUUAAUACACGACAUUGUAUCCAUGGCAACGACGGUCUGGCAACCCAUGAACCAAAUUUCUCAAUCAUCAAAGAAGAAAUACCGUGCUGUGAUUGGUGCAAGAAAAAGGGGCAUACAGUGAGAGAUUGUAGAAUAGCACCGAGACAUGCACGUGAGAACAUUCAAGUGUCUUACCCAUACCAGCCAAGUGCCCUGGGAAUUAAUGUUCUGGGAAUUAAUGUCGUUAUUAUUGCAGUAACUACCGUAUAUAGAGCUAUUGAUGACUGGGUGUUUUUAUGUUCCCUCCUUGGCAAUGACUUUUUGCCAAAAUUGCCUUCUCUGAAUGUCCGAGAGAAUGCACUUCAUAGGCUGGUGGGUAUAUACAAGACAGCUGUUACCCACACCAUGCGCUACCUUACAGACAAUGGAAUUGUGAAUUUACACAUGUUACAGAUGAUACUCACAGAGCUAGGCAAGGAGGAGGAUGUCAUAUUCAGAGAGAGGCGUCAGAGGAAUGAAUGGCUGAAACCGCUUGAACAGUUAAUGGCGAUAUUACCACCUAGUAAUGAUCAUUUGUUACCAAUGACAUGGAGACCUUUAAUGACCGGUGAACCUGGUGAUUCUCCUAUUAGAGAUUUCUAUCCUGAUGACUUUGAAAUAGAUUUGAAUGGUGAGAGAUAUAAAACACAAGGUGUUGUUCGAAUUCCUUUUGUGGAUGAGACGAGACUGAAAGAAGCACUAGAGGGUCUACAACUGACAAGAGAUGAAGAAUGCAGAAAUAGGUUUGGCAAUGACGUUGUGUUCUUAGAUGCAAUCCACCCGGCGUAUGUAUUUUUUAAACAACUUGAUAACAGCAACAUUGAUGAUGAGGAAUAUAUAGUAUUAGAUGCAGAUGAAUGGGCACUUAAUCAAUUGGAACAUCAAGAAUAUGAACUGGAGCGCUACCUUACAGACAAUGGAAUUGUGAAUUUACACAUGUUACAGAUGAUACUCACAGAGCUAGGCAAGGAGGAGGAUGUCAUAUUCAGAGAGAGGCGUCAGAGGAAUGAAUGGGCCAACUCUUUUGUAAAGGGUCUAUGUUGGAUAUCAAUGUAUUAUUUUCAUGGCUGUCCAUCCUGGCAGUGGUUUUAUCCAUACCAUUAUGCUCCAUUUGCUAUGGACUUCAAAAAUAUUACCCAUCUACAAAAUGACUUUGAAGUCGGCGAGCCACUGAAACCGCUUGAACAGUUGAUGGCGAUAUUACCACCUAGUAAUGAUCAUUUGUUACCAAUGACAUGGAGACCUUUAAUGACCGGUGAACCUGGUGAUUCUCCUAUUAGAGAUUUCUAUCCUGAUGACUUUGAAAUAGAUUUGAAUGGUGAGAGAUAUAAAAAACAAGGUGUUGUUCGAAUUCCUUUUGUGGAUGAGACGAGACUGAAAGAAGCGCUAGAGGGUCUACAUCUGACAAGAAAUGAAGAAUGCAGAAAUAGGUUUGGCAAUGACGUUGUGUUCUUAGAUGCAAUCCACCCGGCGUAUGUAUUUUUUAAACAACUUGACAACAACAUCAUUGAUGAUGAGGAAUAUAUAGUAUUAGAUGCAGAUGAAUGGGCACUUAAUCAAUUGGAACAUCAAGAAUAUGAACUGGAGCGAUUUAGUGAUAUAAGACGAAAGGAUAUUACUUGGAGAGGAUCACCAAAGGACUGGGAUAGGCAACAAAUACCUCCAUCUAAUAAUUGUAAUUGGCGAAAUCCCCAACCUGAUGACUUUGAGAGGCGAGGACCUCCAUCUAAUAAUUAUAAUUGGCGAAGUCCUCUGUUUGAUGACCGUGAUAGGCGAAGACCUCAAUAUGCUGACCUUGAUAGGCAAGGAUUUCCACGUGAUGACUGUGAAAGAUGGGAACCUGACGCAUGGAGGCGCAAUCGUGGUACUGCCAACAGAGGGUCACCUCCAAAAAAUGACAGAGGUCAUUGGAGAGGAUCUUCCAAAGAUGAUAGUAGAUAUACCUGGCGUCGAGAAGAGCGUGGUAGAGAAACUCGCUGUAGCGUUAAAGAGCAAGACAGACAUAGAGAUGACCUUGGCCCGAUAAGAGUGAACAAUGAAUCUCCAAAUGCCUUGAGACAUGACAGGCCAUCAACGCUAUUUGAUCGGUACAUACCACCAAUGCGAGUUGAUAGAAACAUGCAGGGCCUACCAAAUUAUCGUUGGCGUGACAGACCCCAAGGAGAAUAUGAAGAUAACAGAGCAAUUAGCACUAGACCACCUCCUAGAGAUAAAGGUUCACAGCCACUUAAUGACACUGAUCAAAAACGUCAAAGAAACAGAAAAGAACAACCGGAAAGGAAUGACGAAGAAUGUGACGGUUGGCAAAUUGUUUCUAGGCGAUAA